AUGGUGGCGGAAAAACCGUCACUGGCCGCUUCCCUGGCUAAAAUUUUAUCCAAUGGAAGCAUGACCACUCGGAAAGGCUCGAAUGGAGCGUGUUCUGUCCACGAAUAUCGUGGCAAAUUCCAGGGAGAACCGGCUUUCUUUAAAUUCACGUCGGUUUGCGGCCAUGUCAUGACGCUGGACUUCACGGGAAAGUACAAUAAUUGGGAUAAAGUCGACCCGGUGGAGUUAUUUUCAGCACCAACUCUUAAGAAGGAAGCCUCUCCCAAUUUACAUAUGCCAGAUUUCCUUAGAAGAGAGGCCAAAGGGAUUGAUGUUCUGGUUUUGUGGUUGGAUUGUGAUAAAGAAGGAGAAAAUAUUUGCUUUGAAGUCAUUGAUGCUGUGAGGUCACACUUGAAACGCAUUUGUGAUCAGACAGUUUACCGUGCUCGAUUCAGUGCCAUCACUGAAACGGAUGUAAAACGUGCUAUGAAUAGUCUUGCUCACCCAAAUGAGAAUGAGGCCAUGUCUGUAGAUGCUCGGCAGGAACUCGACCUUAGAAUUGGAUGUGCCUUUACCCGAUACCAAACCAAAUUCUUUCAGGGCAAAUAUGGUAACCUGGACAGUACUUUGGUAUCCUAUGGCCCAUGUCAAUCUCCCACUUUGGGAUUUUGUGUGGAGAGACAUGACAAAAUUCAAUCCUUCAAACCAGAAUCUUAUUGGGUCAUUAAUGUACAGGUAGCUCACCCUGAUGGCAAAACAAUCCCAGUUGAAUGGGAUCGUAGCAGGGUCUUUGAUAAAGAAGUUGUGCAGAUGUUUCUAGGAAUGAUUAAAGCUGCAGACUCAGCUAGAGUGACUGACGUGGUGAAAAAGGAAAAAACAAAGCCCCGUCCACAAGCACUGAACACAGUAGAAAUGCUGAGGAUUGCCAGUUCCUCAUUAGGUAUGAGCCCUCACCACACAAUGCAAGUUGCUGAAAGACUUUAUACUCAGGGUUAUAUCAGUUACCCCAGGACAGAGACUACUCAUUACCCAGAAAAUUUUGAUUUAAUGGGAACUUUACGGCAACAAACCAACAAUUCUUCCUGGGGACCUUUUGUAAAGGAAUUACUCAAGCAGGGAAACCAGAAACCACGGAAGGGUGUUGAUGCUGGUGAUCAUCCCCCCAUCACCCCAAUGAAAGGAGCAAGUGAAAGUGAAUUGGGCCAUGAAGCAUGGAAACUCUAUGAAUACAUCACACAACAUUUCAUUGCAACUGUGUCUCCCGAUUGUCGAUAUAUGCAAACAACAGUCUAUUUUGACAUUGGUAAAGAGAAAUUUUUAUGCACUGGCAAAAUUCUCACAGAUCCUGGUUACACUUCUGUCAUGACCUGGCAAGCAAUUAGUGACGAUGAAGAUAUUCCUCCUUUCACCAAAGGACAGACAUGUAACAUUGCUGACGUGCGUCUCGGUGAACGUCAAACAGGACCUCCUGACUAUUUAACAGAGAGUGAGCUCAUCACUUUGAUGGAGAAACAUGGUAUUGGUACUGAUGCCAGUAUACCUGUUCACAUCAACAACAUUUGUGAAAGGAAUUAUGUCACAAUUGUUUCUGGACGCAAACUGAAGCCAACAACUCUGGGAAUUGUUCUCGUUCAUGGCUACCAAAAGAUUGAUGCAGAUCUUGUUCUUCCAACUAUGCGAUCAGCAAUGGAACAGCAACUCAACCUGAUUGCAAUUGGCAAAGCUAACUACCAUGCUGUACUUGAACAUGCUCUGGAGAUUUUUCUUCUCAAGUUCAAAUAUUUUGUCAACAAUAUCAGUGGCAUGGAUGAACUCUUUGAAGUUUCCUUCUCUCCUCUAGCCUCAACAGGCAAGCCUAUGUCCCGCUGUGGAAAAUGUCGCCGUUACAUGAAAUUAAUCCAAGCAAAGCCAAGUCGUUUACAUUGUUCAAAUUGUGAUGAGACAUAUUCCUUACCACAAAAUGGUGGCAUCAAACUUUAUCAAGAACUUAAAUGUCCUUUAGAUGAUUAUGAAUUAGUUUUGUGGACAACAGGGACCAAAGGAAAGAGUUAUCCAUUGUGCCCUUAUUGCUAUAAUAAUCCUCCUUUCAAAGAUAUGCGUAAAGGAAUGGGUUGCAACGAAUGUACCCACCCAACCUGCCAACAUGCAUUCUCCCAGAAUGGUGUUGCAGAAUGCCUUGAAUGUAGCCAAGGCAUUUUGGUACUGGAUCAAUCAUCAGCACCCAAAUGGCGUAUGGCUUGUAAUAAAUGUAAUCUUGUGAUUAAUCUCCUUGAAGGAGCUUACAAAGUCACAUUAAAAGAUGAUGACUGUGAAGAAUGUGGAGCCUCCAUCAUCCAUGUGGAUUAUGGCAAGAACAAAUCUCCUUUACCUGAUGGUGCUACAGACUGUACUGGGUGUGUGUUCUGUGAUGCUACUUUCAAGCCAUUGGUUGAAAUGCAUCAUGCCAUGGCCCCAAAGAUGCGACGCUCUGCAGGUCGAGGUGGAGGUGCUGGUCGAGGUAGAGGCCGUGGGCGUGGUCGUAGUCGAGCCAAGAACAAACCGAAAGACAAAAUGGCUCAACUAGCAGCUUAUUUUGUGUAG